GCCUCCUCCCGCCGCCGCCGCUGCCGGUCCCCGCCUCUCCCGCUUGCCAUUGCGGCGGCUCAGGGCGAGCCGCUCCUCGUCCCCUCUCGGCUCCCUCCCCGGCCGCCGCCCGGCAAGAGGCUCCACGGCGCAGGCCCGCCGCAGCGCAGCCGCUCUGAGUAGUUAUUAAUGGAAGAACACGGGGUGACCCAGUCCGAGCACAUGGCCACCAUCGAGGCCCACGCAGUGGCCCAGCAGGUGCAGCAGGUCCACGUGGCCACCUACACAGAGCACGGCAUUCUGAGUGCGGAUGAAGACUCGCCAUCCUCACCGGAAGACACCUCCUACGAUGACUCUGACAUCCUCAACUCCACAGCUGCCGAUGAGGUCACUGCCCACCUGGCUGCUGCAGGUCCUGUGGGGAUGGCAGCAGCUGCUGCGGUGGCGACAGGUAAAAAGCGGAAGCGGCCACACGUCUUUGAGUCCAACCCAUCCAUCCGCAAGAGGCAGCAGACGCGCUUGCUACGGAAGCUCCGAGCCACACUGGAUGAGUACACCACCAGAGUGGGCCAGCAGGCCAUCGUCCUCUGCAUCUCCCCCUCCAAACCCAAUCCUGUCUUCAAAGUGUUCGGUGCUGCCCCCUUGGAGAACGUGGUACGCAAGUGCAAGAGCAUGAUUCUGGAAGACCUGGAGUCCGCGCUGGCAGAGCAUGCUCCUGCCCCUCAGGAGGUUAACUCAGAGUUGCCACCCCUCACCAUUGAUGGCAUUCCUGUCUCUGUGGACAAGAUGACCCAGGCACAGCUGCGAGCGUUCAUCCCUGAGAUGCUGAAGUACUCCACAGGGCGUGGCAAACCAGGCUGGGGCAAGGAAAGCUGCAAGCCCAUCUGGUGGCCUGAGGACAUUCCAUGGGCCAACGUUCGCAGUGAUGUCCGCACAGAGGAGCAGAAGCAGCGGGUGUCGUGGACCCAAGCGCUGCGCACGAUCGUGAAGAACUGCUACAAGCAGCACGGGCGUGAGGACCUGCUCUAUGCCUUCGAGGAUCAGCAGACACAGCAGCAGACCACCACCACACACAGUAUAGCUCACCUCGUGCCCUCACAGACAGUGGUACAAACCUUCAGUAACCCCGAUGGCACCGUCUCCCUCAUCCAGGUUGGUACUGGUGCCACAGUUGCCACGUUGGCUGAUGCCUCCGAGCUGCCCACCACAGUUACCGUCGCACAAGUCAAUUAUUCUGCUGUCACUGAUGGCGAGGUGGAGCAGAACUGGGCAACGCUACAAGGAGGCGAGAUGACUAUCCAGACGACGCAGGCAUCAGAGGCCACGCAGGCAGUGGCAUCGUUAGCAGAAGCAGCAGUGGCAGCAUCUCAGGAGAUGCAACAAGGAGCAACUGUUACCAUGGCACUCAACAGUGAAGCAGCUGCCCACGCAGUAGCCACUCUUGCCGAAGCCACUCUGCAAGGUGGAGGACAAAUUGUCCUAUCUGGUGAAACUGCAGCAGCAGUAGGAGCGCUUACUGGAGUUCAAGAUGCCAAUGGUCUCGUCCAGAUCCCUGUCAGCAUGUACCAGACGGUGGUGACCAGCUUGGCCCAAGGCAACGGCCCGGUUCAGGUGGCCAUGGCACCUGUCACCACGAGGAUAACGGACAGUGCCGUCACCAUGGAUGGCCAGGCAGUGGAAGUGGUCACCUUGGAACAGUGAUGAUGCCCACCCAGAAGAUCCAAGAUCAUGAGAUGCAAUCAGGUGGUGUCGGCUCUCCCAGCUUUGGAAGCGAAGGUUUUGUGAACCUUUAUUUUGGGGGCUUGGGGUUUUGUUUCUUCUUUUUCUGGGUUGGUUGUUG